GGAUUGGUGACGAAGGAGUCCUCUCUGAGAACCCAACUCACAUUGCACCGCUUCUUUCCCGGGUAAGAAAGAGUCCUAUGCGUGUGGAGCUGGGAUGACCCCGAUAUUCUGAACCGUGUUGCUUUUUUGGUGGUGGCCCGGGACCUUCUUGGACCGAUGAGCGUAUGCGCGCAUUCACGCAUAUCUUCACUCAUUCACGCACGCACGCACGCACACACACACACACAAACAAAACACCACACAUCAUAUUCCGCGUCUGCAAACCAACGAACAGCGCAGACAGGUUUUGCUCUGCAAAAAGCUGUCUUGCAGACUACAGUCGAGAAGAGUUACGGAGUGUAGUCUAUUUAAGUCCCCUACGAUUUUGGGGGAAUGAAAAAAUAAAGAUUCUAUAAAGAGGAGCAGUGCAAUCAAUCGUGGAUCCUGGAUAUGGCAGGUGUGAAGACAUUCGACCUUGUUGUUGGAGUUGUUUUAGUUUUCCUGUCUCUUGGAAAUGCGUUUCAAGAGCCCGGACAGGACCCGACAAACGGGGACUCCUACUCCUACGUGCAAGGGCAGCCUCUGGCUAAGGAGGACAUGGCGGUUGAUGUGAAGCUGUACAGUCACCGGUGGAGGCGGUGGCUGUCCCCAGAACAGCCACGUAACAUGGACAGCAACAGGGCCAGCCAGGACCAGGAUCAGUUGGACCAAGAGCAGGAUCAGGGUGAAGACCAACCUGAUGAGGGUUUCCCAGGCCUGCUCUCAGCAGAGGACAGCCAGGACACUGACAACAGCUCCCAGAUAGAGGAGGACACCGAUCACAACUACUACACAUCAAAGACCUACGGCCCCACGGACCCCAUGAGCAAGGACUUGUGGGUAAACGUUGACCAGAUGGACAAGGAGAAGGUGAAGAUCCAUGGCAUCCUGUCCAACACUCACAGGCAAGCUGCGAGAGUAAAUCUUUCCUUCGAUUUUCCCUUCUAUGGACAUUUCCUGCGUGAUCUCACCGUGGCAACUGGUGGGUUCAUCUACACAGGGGAUGUGGUCCACAGAAUGCUGACGGCCACCCAGUACAUCGCCCCCCUCAUGGCCAACUUUGACCCUAGUGUCUCCAGGAACUCAACCGUCAUCUACUUCGACAAUGGCACUGCUCUGGUGGUCCAGUGGGAUCAUGUCCACCUGCAAGACAACUACAACCUGGGUAGCUUCACCUUCCAGGCCACACUGCACAGCGACGGCAGGAUUGUCUUCGCCUACAAAGAGAUUCCCAUGGAGGUGGCCCACAUCAGUUCCGUCAAUCACCCGGUGAAAGUGGGCCUCUCUGAUGCCUUUGUGGUGGUCCACAGGAUCCAGCAGAUACCCAAUGUUCGUCGGAGAACGAUCUAUGAGUACCAUCGUGUGGAACUGACCAAGACCAAAAUCACCAACUCUACAGCAGUGGAGAUGAUGCCUCUACCGACGUGUCUCCAGUUCACAAGCUGUGACAGCUGCAUCUCAUCCCAGAUCAACUUCAACUGCAGCUGGUGCCACCUCCUUCGCAGGUGUUCCAGUGGGUUUGACCGCCAUCGGCAGGACUGGGUUGAUAACAGCUGUCCUGAUGAGACCAAAGACAAAAGCUGUGAUAUCAUCAACACCACACAACUCUAUCCGUUCACCACCGCGCUAGUUGCCAAGACAACAGGCCAGAGCAGAAGCAGAGGAGAGACCACCACAGCCGGAGCCUCCUCGUCCACAUCCCACCCCCCAACCAGCGUCCCCACUGAAGAUGACACCAAGAUUGCUCUGCAUCUUAAAGACAAUGGAGCGAUGCCAAAGGAGAGUGCUGCAGAGAGGAAGGACACACACCCACCGCACACUAGCCUGAUCCUGGGCAUUCUCGUGGUCUUGCUCAUCAUGGCAGCCGCAGCCCUGGUCACUGUCUACAUCUACCACCACCCUACAUCAGCCGCAAGCCUCUUCUUCAUCGAGAGACGUCCCAGCAGGUGGCCGGCCAUGAAGUUCCGGCGAGGGUCCGGUCACCCGGCCUACGCGGAGGUGGAGCCCGUGGGCCAGGAGAAGGAGGGCUUCAUUGAGUCUGAGCAGUGCUAAGGGGCAUGCGCCGCUCCCC